CCCGCCCGCCCGCCCGCCCGCCGGCCCCGGGCCGCCGCUCCCGCGCGCAAGAUGGCUGACCCGGCUGCGGGGCCGCCGCCGAACGAGGGCGAGGAGAGCACCGUGCGCUUCGCCCGCAAAGGCGCCCUGCGCCAGAAGAACGUGCACGAGGUGAAGAACCACAAAUUCACCGCCCGCUUCUUCAAGCAGCCCACCUUCUGCAGCCACUGCACCGACUUCAUCUGGGGCUUCGGGAAGCAAGGAUUCCAGUGCCAAGUCUGCUGUUUUGUUGUGCACAAACGCUGCCAUGAGUUUGUCACGUUCUCCUGCCCGGGUGCAGACAAGGGCCCUGCUUCUGACGACCCCCGGAGCAAACACAAGUUUAAGAUCCACACCUACUCCAGCCCCACCUUCUGUGACCACUGCGGGUCGCUGCUCUACGGACUCAUCCACCAGGGCAUGAAAUGCGACACCUGCAUGAUGAACGUGCACAAGCGCUGCGUGAUGAACGUGCCCAGCCUGUGCGGCACCGACCACACGGAGCGCCGCGGCCGCAUCUACAUCCAGGCGCACAUCGAGCGGGAAGUUCUCAUCGUCGUCGUAAGAGAUGCAAAAAACCUUGUACCCAUGGACCCCAACGGCUUAUCAGAUCCGUACGUGAAACUGAAACUGAUUCCUGACCCCAAAAGUGAGAGCAAGCAGAAAACCAAAACCAUCAAGUGUUCUCUGAACCCCGAGUGGAACGAGACCUUUAAAUUUCAACUGAAGGAGUCGGACAAGGACAGGAGGCUUUCGGUGGAGAUCUGGGACUGGGACCUGACCAGCAGAAAUGACUUCAUGGGCUCCUUAUCAUUCGGCAUCUCGGAGCUGCAGAAAGCUGGUGUGGACGGCUGGUUCAAGCUGCUGAGUCAGGAGGAAGGAGAGUAUUUCAACGUGCCGGUGCCUCCAGAAGGAGGGGAGGGCAAUGAGGAGCUGCGGCAGAAAUUCGAGAGGGCCAAGAUCGCCCAGGGGUCCAAGACACCGGAAGAAAAGACCACCAACACCAUCUCCAAAUUUGAGAACAACAGCAACCGGGACCGGAUGAAACUGACAGACUUCAACUUCCUGAUGGUGCUGGGCAAAGGCAGCUUUGGCAAGGUCAUGCUUUCCGAGCGCAAAGGCACGGAUGAGCUCUAUGCAGUGAAGAUCCUGAAGAAGGAUGUGGUCAUCCAGGACGACGACGUGGAAUGCACCAUGGUGGAGAAGCGAGUGCUGGCGUUGCCUGGGAAGCCGCCGUUCCUCACCCAGCUGCACUCCUGCUUCCAGACUAUGGACCGUUUGUACUUUGUGAUGGAAUACGUGAAUGGGGGUGACCUCAUGUACCACAUCCAACAAGUGGGCCGGUUUAAGGAGCCUCAUGCCGUGUUUUACGCGGCAGAGAUCGCCAUCGGGCUGUUCUUCUUGCAGAGCAAAGGCAUCAUUUACCGCGACCUCAAACUUGACAACGUGAUGCUGGACUCGGAGGGCCACAUCAAGAUUGCUGACUUCGGCAUGUGCAAAGAGAACAUCUGGGAUGGGGUGACCACCAAGACGUUUUGUGGCACCCCUGACUACAUCGCCCCCGAGAUCAUUGCGUACCAGCCCUACGGGAAGUCUGUGGAUUGGUGGGCCUUUGGAGUGCUGCUGUACGAGAUGCUGGCCGGCCAGGCGCCAUUCGAAGGGGAAGAUGAGGACGAGCUCUUCCAGUCCAUCAUGGAGCACAACGUGGCGUACCCCAAGUCCAUGUCCAAGGAGGCCGUGGCCAUCUGCAAAGGGCUGAUGACCAAGCAUCCAGGCAAACGUCUUGGCUGUGGCCCCGAAGGUGAACGUGACAUCAAGGAACAUGCGUUUUUCCGGUAUAUUGACUGGGAGAAACUUGAACGCAAAGAGAUCCAGCCCCCAUACAAGCCAAAAGCCUGUGGGCGAAAUGCUGAAAACUUCGACCGGUUUUUCACCCGCCAUCCACCCGUCCUAACACCUCCCGACCAGGAAGUCAUCAGGAAUAUUGACCAAUCAGAAUUCGAAGGAUUUUCCUUUGUUAACUCUGAAUUUUUAAAACCUGAAGUCAAGAGCUAAGUAGCUGUGUAGACUCCGUCCUUCAUUCUGUCAUUCGAGCGCAACGGCUACCGUGGUGACAUUUUUUUUUAUUGCAAACUUGCAUCCAUGUUUUCUUUGCUGAUGAGACUAAAGUGACCAUGUUUCAGAACCCAAAUGCCCUCAGGUAGUUUGGGGUCUCUCAAGGAGAUGGACUUCUGCAGAUGGCCGUGUGGAAAAUGCUGCUGCAUAAUUAACACAUUAUCUGAGCCUUCUUCCAAUUUACUUUCCCCAGCAUGUCAGCUGAAUAGGUCCAGUGGGGACAGAAAAAAAUAAAAAUAAAACGCCUGCUUGCUUUUUCUUCUUUCUUUUCCCCUCUCCUGCUCCAUCAUUUUCACGUAUUCUUUCUAAUUCUAACCCUCCAAGGUAGAUGCUUCCUACCCCAGAUUGCUUGCAGGAUUCUUCCCGCUCUAGACCUUAGCUUUGCCUGUUCUCAACCGAGUAUGUGGUUGCUUUGACUUGGAGGGAAUUCCUCCCUCCUGCCUAGUUUGGAGGAGACCCCCCCACCCCCAGAGCUUUGUCUGCAAAGAACAUGCAAAACAAACUAAAAAAAGUAAAAUUGGAUUUGUUAUUCUUUUCAA